GUAACCCACUCACUGCGCGGUCUUCGUUUUACAAAUGAAAAAAAUUAGCCAUUUUGUCAAAGAAGUACGCAGCAGUUGAAGUGCGAUGUGUGUAUCAAUAAAAUAACAAUUCUGUGCAAAUCGUGGGAUUAAUUAACGAUUGAUUUGUUGCAAAUCGUUUCGUAAACGGCUAUUGAAUGUUCAAAGAUCAAAAUUGCCGAAAAUAAGUCCAAUUUACAGUGUUAAAUAAGUGCGAAUUUGUUGUGUUACGGAAAAUACUAAUCAAAAUCAGUGGAGAAAAGUGUCUACAGAAGGCUUUAGCCAUCGGGGAAUUUUUGCCGUCGGCCCAGGAGAUUCAAAGCAGCGGCCUUAGAUCAAUGGAUCAAAUGAAUUGAUGCUGUUUAUAUAAGUGUACGGAUUGCGUCUAGGUCCAUUUUGCAGACAUUGCAGUUGGUUUAUUUUGUUUUCUAGCCCAAUAGCAAGAUGCGUGAAACCAUGGCAGAUGUUAGUCCUCAGGUUUGGAAGGAAUGGAUUCUUGAAGCAAUACGCCGUAUUCGUUGCCAGAAGCAACGUCCCAGCGUUCAACGGAUAUGCCAAGCAAUUGGUAGCCAUCACAAGUUUCAUGAAGACAUCGUUGCAGAAAAACUCGAAGAAGCCGUGGAAGCUGGAGCAGUGCUGAAAGUGUAUAAUAAAGGAUUACAUUCGUAUAAAGCUCCAUCAAACAUGCAAAGGCGCGUCGUGUUGGUUACAAAUGAAAGUGAUUUGUCAUUAUUUGUUGUAAAAGCCGUGCGUGACCUAGGAGAAUGCGAUGGGUCUAGUGUGAAGUCAAUUGAAAACUAUGUGCAGCAAACUAACAAUCUGGAUAUAACCAGCGAAACUGAUUUUAGCUUAGUGAUAAAAAAUUCUAUCCGAAUUGCUGCGGGGGAAGGAAGUCUACUUCAAGAAGGAAAACUAUACAAACUUGGAAGCGUAGUGAAACCUUUGAUCAAGCGAAAGUCUUCUUCACCUAAGAAAAAGGAGAAAAUGUUGAGUGAAAUUUCAACUAAAAAAUCCACAAACACAGUUUGCGUCGAGUGCCUCGGAACUGAUGCGAAGGGUCCUUCAGGAUUACCAGAAUCAUUGAGUUCUUGUAGCGGUUGUGGCAUGUCGUUGCAUAACAAGUGCGCUAACGGAGAUGACACUGACAUACCAUUGGCUGCAUUAGUGAGAAAAGGCAAUAAGUGGUUCUGUGAAGAAUGUAAGUCAUGUGAUGCUUGUUCGACACAGAACCAAAAGGGACCUUGUGUGCUUAGUUGUAACUAUUGUUUGAAGAACUUUCAUUUCGCCUGUAUGAACCCCGCAUUUAGCGACAAAAAAGUAAAAUCUGUUUGGAGUUGUUCCCCCUGCCUGGCUCUCUACAGUCAAAAUAUCAAAUCGGAAAUGGAAACCACACCUUUACCAAAAAAGCGACAUGAAACAGAGAAGGAAGAAAAGAAAAAAAAGAAAUCAUUACUGGACAACCAACUACUGCAAGAGGCCUCAUCGAUGCGCAAAAAUAUAGCAUCACCUGUACAGGGAAGCUCUAGUGCUUCAUUGAAAACACCAAAAAUGAGCACGUCGUCUAAAAAUAACAAUUCACGUCGUAUCAAGCAGCAGCAGCAGCCCCAGUUAUCGUCACCAGAACCUACGGAGCGGAUCGAGGAAUUGCCCGGUAAACAUUUCAAUAAAUUUACUUCUACUAUUGUACCAAAUCCGAUGAUGAGGAUGACGAUGUCCAAAAAUACUGGGAUAAAUGAAAAGAGUUUGUUAUUGAGCCAAGCAAAAAGCUUGUUACACAGCGAACAGACAGGUUUGCCUCUGUCUUUGUCAAACCAGCAACAUUUAAUUUACAAUUCCGAUCGUAUGCCAUGCGAGAAGCAGCCAAAAUCACGAUUUUCCGCUUUAAACAGAAAGAAAGCUAAACCUAAAGCGAAGUCUGAUAGUGAAAGAACAAGAAGCGAUGCACAAUUUGCAAAACAACUGAACGAAUCUUUCAAAUAUACAGAAACCAGCAGUGCUAGUGACGAAGAUGUCGAUAAAAGAUUAAAAUAUAGACGUAGUCGAGGCAAAGAUUCAACGAACGUCUUUGAUGCACACUGUCGUUCAGUGCAAUUGUCCGAGUCAUCCUCUGAAUCAACUAGCAGUAAUAACGAAUUACACAACUAUACGACAAGUGACAGUUGUAGCACAAGUUCAGAUAGUACUAUUGACUCUGAAGACAGUGAAAGCUCUGACAAUGAUGAACCAACGAAGCUUAAAAGUAUUAACACCUGUGAUAACAGUGAAAAUUAUUGGUCAGCCACCAAUAGUCAACUUGGAUCACUCUCUGCUCAUGCGACUCCACGUGUUGGUGUUCAGAAUCCCAAAUCAUUUAUGUCAUUCAUUGGUAGCACAAUGAGCGCCAGCGAUUCAUGGGGAUUUGCGGCCGAAGCGAAGAAGAAUAUUGACAUUUUUAGUCAAAAAAGUAAACCAGAAAUCGCCAAAAGUGAUAGCAAAAAAACAAAUAUAAUAUUCAAAAAAAUAGACGGCCAACUAGAGGAAGGAAAUAAAAAGCAGAGUGACAAUUUGAUGCAAUAUUUUCCUAAUAAUAUCGUUCAACUAGUUGAAAAGAAAAUUAGCUUACAAAGCAUUUCAACAUUUGACCCAAGGUCAACUAAUAAAAAGCUGUUAAAAGAGUCAAAAAGUACCUGCAGGAGCUACGACCAGCGCCUUACUAUGAAGCGAAAACAUACUGAGUCCGCUGCAAAACCUGACAAUAAGAAAGAUUCGGAAACCUGCAGUAAGAAAACCAUUCUUAGUCGAUGCUUUUCUUCGCUAAGGCACAAUCAGCAGCUAUAUAAAGAAAACUACAAUCUAUUCAUGAGCUCGAUCGGAGAGGAAGGAAUGCCUGAAAGGCUCUCCCCGAGCAAACUGGUGAAGAAAGCUAUCAAUGAGAAACAUUUCGAACAGCAACAUAAAUCUCGUCUCAUCAGUAACGAUCCCCAGAUCUUAAAAAUGUACAAUACUACAAAAGCACACAAUUUUUCUAGUCCCUCUGGUAGUAGUAGUAGUAAUGUUGUUUUGCCAAAACCAGCUGUUAGUUGCUAUUCCGUCGCAUCCAUCGCACGUGAUUACAAUGCUGUCCCUGCUGGAAAAGCAAGUGCAUCUGGCAUAUUACACCACCUGCCACCAUACAGCAUAGCUCCCUCUAGAUUGGAGCAACCUACAUUGCCCAACGGAGUAACGCGGAAGGAUGCCGACCUUUACAAGCAGGUGCGCGACCAGGCUGCUAUUUCUCUCGCCGAGAUGAUGCGACUUGAUUCUAAAGUAUUCAUGAAGGAUGUCACCCCUGAGCCCACCUCUUCGCCAUCAAAGAAAACUGCCGUCACUGCUACACUGCAAUCGCCCUCCAAGUUUAUGGCUGCCCAAGAACGGUGUCCUGCUGCAAUAGAGUUUGGAAAAUAUGAAAUUCAAACUUGGUAUUCAAGUCCGUUUCCCCAGGAAUAUGCUAGGUUACCAAAGCUGUUCCUGUGCGAGUUUUGCUUGAAAUACACAAAAAGCAAGGCUGUUUUGCAGCGACAUCAGGACAAAUGUUCGUGGCGGCAUCCACCCGGGACUGAAAUCUACCGCUGCAACGAUAUUUCCAUCUUUGAAGUAGAUGGAAACUCAAACAAAAUUUAUUGCCAAAAUCUUUGUUUGCUAGCGAAGUUGUUUUUAGAUCAUAAAACAUUGUACUACGAUGUAGAACCGUUUCUGUUCUACGUUCUUACCAAGUAUGACCGCAAAGGAUAUCAUCUUGUAGGGUAUUUCUCAAAAGAGAAACAUUGUCAGCAGAAGUACAACGUGUCGUGCAUAAUGACGAUGCCACAAUACCAGCGACAAGGGUUUGGUCGCUUUUUGAUUGAUUUCAGCUAUUUGUUAAGCCGCGAAGAAGGUCAACCCGGUACUCCAGAGAAACCUCUCUCCGAUUUAGGUCGCGUUUCGUAUCAUGCGUACUGGCGAUCGGUAGUUUUAGACUACUUAUAUCAAAACAGGAAAAGAUCAGUCUCUUUGAAAACAAUUUCACAUGAAACAGGUAUUGUGAUUGCAGAUGUAGCUUUAGCUUUUCAGUUGUUAAACUUCAUUAAGUACAUAAAGGUAGUAAGGGGUGCAUUUAAAUUGUAUCAACCGGUAAUUUGUGUAGAUUGGAAUAUUGUUGAAAUGCACUAUGAACGAUCUUUACACUCGAGAACUAGGCGAACGAUUGACAAAGAAUGUUUACGGUGGACCCCGUUAUUAUCAGCUGUACCAUUUUUUAUCGAUAAUGAUAACAUACCAGACGCGCCGACGGCUAUAGACAAACGAUUAAAAUUGGAUAAGUGUGAUGAAGUUGUCAAGACCCCUGAGCCGGACAGUGGUAAACAUCCUAUUUCGGUUGUAGCAGCUCUGCAGAGCGACGUUUGUGAAGAGUUCAGGGGGGUCAAAAAACGAGGCAAACGGUAUUCCUCUAUUAAGCCAUUGAAACUGCCUAAAAAGUUGACAGCUGAAAAGCAACCAGAUCCUUUCCCAGUUGUUGAGAAUAAAGUGGAAAAACCUCCUCCGAACAUCUUAGAGGCAACAUCCUCAGGGCGUAAACGUGUAAGGCCUAACAAGUAUAACGAAACAACAUAUGACGCAAUAGGAGGAAAAUUAUCAACAGUUGAAACUGCGAACAUGUCAGUGGAGGUGCCCUAUGGAAAACGAAGGCGAUCAGAAAAUAUCGAACAUUCUGGAGGUGAAGCAAAAAGAACUCGUCUUGGUCCUGAAAACAGCGAGUCACCUUUAAGAGAAUCUGUUAAACCUACGAUUACCUCAAGACGGUCAAAGGAACUUCCUGUUGAUGCCUCCAGAGAUGAAGGACCUAACCCUACGUUCGAUAUUAAAAGGAGACGACGUGUAUCUGAAAGACGAUUAUCGAAUCAACCAGAUCCGUCGACUAGUGUUGCCGAAUCCAGUAUUAACGAUCAAAAUAUGACCACUGAUGAUGAAGUGCCUACAAAUGAAGUGGAUAAGGAUCGCCCGACGCAUGAUCUCUCGACUCCGGACAUACCCCUUAAGGUCAAAAGGCGGGUUGUGCAACGGUUUAGUAGUCGAAAUUCAAGCAGGAUAGCAGCAACCUCUGCGACGAAUGCCGAUAGUGAUGGGCAAGCUGUAACGUCACAGGUUUCAAAAAAGCAUUUGACUCUACCUGAGGUACCUCAAACAAAAUCGGUACCUCAUAACACGACAGAAGACAGUCGAGAGUGUGAUACAAACUCUCGUCAUGAAAACACCACACCAACCAAAACAAAUUCGGAACAAGAAAAAGCAAAAACUAUUUCUCCUGAUGAAAGGAAAGCUCGGCGAAGCAGUUGUAGAAAUUUGAAUUCUUCUAGUGAACUGUCCUCUGGAGAAGCAGAUGAUGAAAUGGAAGAGGAAGUUGUAAAUAGGAAGAAAUCGUAUGCAUCACCUUCCAGAGACCUGUCUGCGUCAAGUAACCAGCGUGAAAUGUUAGUGAAUAAGGAUGUUAUUCUAGAAAAUCAGGAAGACAUCGAAGCAAUUGAAAAACAAAAGAAGCCUUUUCAGGAUAAUUGUGAACCACUACAACAAUUAUCACUCGAGCAAAGUUGUGACGAUCCUGGGACGGAAACCGAUAAUAGUACCAUAGGGGAAGUUCAAGAGCAAACACCAGAUGAUACUACGAAGAAAGUCGAUAAACCUGCUGAAGUAAAUUCAAAUGAACCUGAAAACAAAUUUUCGCCGAAAAAGCAAAGUGUUGUUGGCGUCGAUUUAUGUGAGCCCCACGAUACAAGAAAAAACGAAGACGAAGGUCUGAAUGAAACGUUGCCAUCAGAGACAUGUUUGCCACCAACGCAAAAAGAGGAGUCUGGUCCAGUUGAAGUUUCUAGUAUUCAACAAAUUAAAGAAAAUUCUAGCGGUACGGACGAAGUGGUGCUGUCUAGUGUUGACAUUAAUUGUGAUAAUUAUGAUUCCGUUAAUAACAACGGAAAAAUCUCCACACCUGUAACGGAAAACACGCAAGUAGCUCAGAAAAAAACAAAUCUUCACUUAGAAACUCCUUCGUUAAAUCAAACCAUAUCUACUUGUACAGAUUUAAGGAUAGAAGAGAGAGCGGCGAAUGAACAAUCACCAGCUUUACCGCAGAUUACUACCCACGAUACGACUGAUCUUCCAGGGGAAAAAUCGAAGGAACGCAUCGAAAAUAUAGAAGAGAAAUCCCUUGAUUUUAGCGAGAAAAUUUCUGUUAUAACUGAAUCAAAACCUGCCCCUGGAAUUGUAUGUGAAAAAUCGGAAACAGAAACUAAAAACGAAGACCCGGCGAGGGGAAACGCAGAUAUUUUGCCGGAGAAGGAUAACGUUGAAUCAAAAAGCCCCGUGAAAGAACUUACUCAACAGCAGGUAAACAUGUUUUUUCCUUCCCUAAAUUCAAAUCAAGUUGAGACGGGAAACAGCAGCAGUAGUAGCAAAAAUGGUAAUACGGCAAGUGUUUUAAAGAUUAACGAGAACUAUGACAAGAAUAUGGAAUCUCGCAGGCCUAAGAUAAUUGUAGAUGUAAAAUCGAGCAGUGAAAACUCACAAAAAGAACUAAAAAGUGAACAUUCCACAUUUGAUCUAACAGAUAGCAAAGUUGCUAUGACUCAAAUAUCCGCUGAGUCGAUAAUCAAAACGGAUGCAGAAGAAAGAGUAGGGUUAUCGGAUAACAUAACAUGUGUCAGUACGAUAGAAGCGGCAGGAUCGCAUAAAAAAAAGUUUAUAAAAAACGCAGCUGAAGAGGCCAACAAACAAUUUGCAGCUGAAACACAACAAUCCAAAGAGAAAUCCGUCAUACAGCAAUGCGAUGAUAUUAAAUGCAUCAACGUACAGUCAACGGCAGCAUCAGCUACCAUCGCAUCUAACAUGCGAGACGAACAGUUGCCAUCAGCGGUUAAGGCGCUGGAAAUAAAGAAGGAACCUUUGCCAGGAAAGUUUCCGAAAUCUGACCCAGCAUGCCAGGCACAGCAGUUAGCACAGGCCGGUAAUGAGAAAAUCAAGGCUUCUGAAUCUAAUAAGUCUGUAAAUUUGAUAGAAAAUCAAGCAAUUUAUGAGGCUGUUCAAAAAGCUUGUACAGAGCCGAAAAAAAUGAAAGAUAAAUGCACUGGUGCUGAAGACUUAAAAAAGAGUAAGUCAGAUGUAAAAAAAAUGGCGAACGCUUUAGUUAAAUCGGAAUCAAAAAACGAAACAAAACUGAAAACUGAUCAGGAGAGUAUUAACUGUAGCAGCAGCCAAAGUUCCAAGAGGCUAGAAAGUACCAAGAAAGAAUCAACCAAAAGUAUUCCAUCAGGAGUAGCAAAUAGCUGUGCAAAGAGUGGGUUCAGUUCAGAUCAACUAAAAUCAAAUGUUCAACAGGAUGUCAACAAAAUUGGAGGAAGUUCUACGAUUACUAAUUCCAGUUCUAGGACCGAGAAGUAUUCAGCAAAACAUAGUAUGCACGACGCAAAGACCAUUGACUUGAAUAAAAUUCCUCCGCAGUUUCCACCUAUCAAUCAGCUGCCAAACUAUCAUGCAACGAAUCCAUACUGGCAAAUAGACCCGUAUUAUUCAAGCUACAACCUGUCCCACCUUGAUGCUACUAGUCAGAAGUCACCCAACAAGUUCCAUCUAGAUUUGGCUACAUCUAUGGCCUAUGGAAGCUUUUCCUCUAAUUUAUAUCAAACCGCACUUCAACAUCAGGAGCAGCAAUACCAACAGCAUCAACAAUCAUAUCAAGCAAAAGAGCGUUCGAAUCAGCGAGCGGACAAGAAAGUUCAAUCAAAUCAAGUGGCGGGAAGCAACAAUGCAGAUAAUAACAAGCACAACAAAAAUUCGAAGGUAAUAGAGGAUCAGAAAUAUAUAAAAAGUGGUGGCAACGACCAUCAAACGCCACAACAUGUAGCCGGGGUUAAUAUGACAGUCAACGUAGAAGGUAAUUCGUGUGCCAAAUCGCUGAGCUCUACGCAGUAUUCCAAUCAUAAUUCAAUGAAAUCAAGCACCAAAAUAAAAAUGGAAAACAAAGGCAAUGACAACUGCAUGAUCAGCAACAAAUCAAGCCACACGCAGCAGAAUCAGCAACCUGCACAUGCAAAUGCCACCCAACAGUCUGCUUCUUGUCAGAUGCUUGCUAUGCAGCCACACCAACAACAGCAACAACACCAACAAGCGCAUCACAACCAACAAGUUAUGAAUAAAAAUAUGCAACAGCAAAUAGUUUCCAACAAAAGUAACUAUUCGAACGACGAUCUUAAUCAUCAGGAAACUACCAACAGCAGUUCCAACAUGGCAACAGACUUGAAACAGGGCGGAAAUACACAAGAAGUGCAAUCAAUUGGUGUGUACACGCCUGAUUCAACAACAAAUUCCGUGCAUAGUUUACAUCAAUAUGGACAAUGUGAUUUAGACGCCCAGUUGGGUUUAGAGUCUCCGGCAAGUAUAUCGAGUGACAUGACUGCUCAAAAUUCUGUUGAAAGUAUAAGGCCAUCUAGUGUUGCACCACACCAGGUUAAUCAGUACUCUGAUUGUUCAAUACAGCAACAACAGCAACAUCAAACACAAAUGCAGCAACAAAUACAGAAUAUGCAUACCCACGUGCCGGCAUCUAGUCCGCAGCAGCAAUCGAUGGCAAUCAUCAAUAAUAAUCCAAAUAUUGACAACUCUAAUACUGGGGGAGGUCGUGGUAAGGUUCAGCAGCAACAAUUACAGAACCAAAACACUCGUAAUUCAAGCACGAAUCGAUCUUUGACUCCCAAGGUUAGCAGAAAUACAGCGACUCCUGUAAAUAACCAUCAACAGCAACGUCAUCAUAACCGAGCCACUCCUCCGGUAGGAAAUGCUAUUCAACCAUUAACAAGUCCAGGGCUUCAUCAGCAGCAGUCUCAACAACAGUCAAUGCAACAACAGAACGUUGCUCAACAACAGCAACAACAGCAGCAGCAACACCAGCAUCAGUUGGCGUUGCAGCAGCAAAUGCACCAAUCUUACGGACACAUAACUGGAUCAUCACUGAAUCAUCAGAACCAUUCGCAAAAUAUGCAUCAAUCGGGAUACAUUACAUCACAAUUAGGAAUCUCUAGUCAAGCCUAUCCCCAAUCUCCGACAUCCUAUGGAAGUGUCCCGAUGACAACGGUCAUUCAACACCGGAUGUCCGGUAGCCAUACAAGCCUUGCAACACCGAAUAGCCUUCAUAGUCCACAUCAGCGCCUUGGACCGUCUCCUUCUUCUUGUGCGGUAUCGUCGGCAAACAAUUUCUAUAUUCAGUCCGGUAACGUAAGUCAUCCUCAAUCCCAUACUCCCAUUCCUGCGCCCACUCCUACACCAACUCCAACACCUACACCAACACCUCAAAUGGAUAAUUCGUGCCAGGCUGCGAACCUACAGGGUACAGUGAGUCAGGGUAACGUUAUUCAGGGCUCCCUAUCGUGCUUGACGAAAUUGCAGCAGUUGACAACAAGCGUAGAUAUGGUGGGAUCUUCGUGCAACACCCCGCCUGCCGGAGUCAACAUUACUCCUCCACCAAAUCACCACUCACAUGUUGGUGGUUCCAUUACACCAUCUCCAUCCUCUCACAUGACUAAUCAAAACGCAGUGCGCAAUAUUUCUACUCCGCCGGCGUCUAUUCAAGCGCAGAUGCCAUCGCUCAAUUACCACAAGUACUACACUGGAUCGCAAAACAGCGGUGGACGCCUAGCUCGGAAUACUGCAUCCGCUCCCAUUCAACACAUGAGCAAUAGCUCGAGUCGUGUUAGUCCAAACGUUGCAAUAAAUCCAAAUCUCAUGUCACCAUACAGUACACUGAACUCGUAUCGAAUGUCCGCUGCUCAACCGUCAUCUGCUGGAGGCUACAUCACCAAUCCCGCAGCAGGAUUUAUAAAUAAUGCCACACAAAUUCCCGUGCAGAUGGGAGUUAUGAAUAUGCAAUCACAAUAUCAGGAUCCUUCGGCAAUUCAACGCGCGCAACAGAAUUCCAUGUACCCGGCAUACUCGCCCUAUCUGCCACCAAUGAGACGAUAGAAAAUCGACCAAGUGCAAAAACGUUAACAAAUUGGUUGUUCGGUGCUUAGUUGCUGUUUAACUGUAAUUUGAAUCAAAAACUGAAUUCUUACUUUUGUAUUACUGGAAAUCUAUCGUUUUUUUUUCUAUUUUUUAUGUAUGUUUUGUAUAUUGAUUUCAGUACGGUGUAUAAAUCCUACUCGCAAGUAUCUCAAUUCUUUCGUUUAGGUAAAAGUUAUUAGAAGCUCAAGAAGUCAAUGGACAUAUUGUUGUAAUUUAAACACGAAUGAAAUUUUUUUGUUCAAAAUCAAAAUGAAACUGUGCUAUACUCGACUACCGGAACAUACUUUUUAUGACCUGUUAUUCAACAUAAAAAAAGAAACUGAAAGUGUACCAUGAGAACGGAUGCAUAGAUGAUAUAACGUGAAAGCAGCGACCUGUAAUUCAUCUGACAAUCACAAAAAUCAAAUUGUUAAUCGAUAACGAAAUCAAGAUAAAACCAUUAUGACUUCACUUGUCGUAAGACGUGUUCGCACAAUUCCAUUAAAUCCCCCCCUUGAUUGUACCUUUGACAGACCUCGACAGUAAGGCCGUCUUCAAUGUCCCGUACUUGACUCGACUUGUACGAGACACUGAAAACGACCUUAUUGUUGAAUCCGAAAUACGUAUCUGUCAAAGGUAUAAUCAAGUGGUGGAAUUAAAUGAAAUUGUACGAACUCGUCUUAUGACAAGUGACAACUAAAAGAUCAAAAUAAUUUUCUUAUUUUUUUUUUCUUUAAUAAAGAGGUUUGCAACCCUAGGCUGGCUCACCUCUUAAAAAUUUCUUAUGUUUCUCCUAUGUUUCUCUGGCAUUUGGUUUGCUUGAGUACGUGGUAGAACAAAAACAAAAAUUAUGGCCGAAUUUUGAGCGCAAUUCCUGAUAAACACUAUUAGGUUAGAAAUGACACUUUGGAAGUUAAAAGCAAAAUCUCACACUCAACUCAAAGUCCAGUUUGUCAUUUUGCUUCUUAGGGAACAUCCAUAAAUAACGUAGGGUUUAGAGAGGAAGACGAUUGAAUAUCCAUGUAAUUUUCAUUCAAAAAGUGUGACAUACAAGUGUGAGAAGGCGAGUACAAAAUGGCGAACUUCCCAUCUAUUAUUGUUCGAGAGUUAGCUCAGUUGGGUUUGGCGUUUCAAUUAAAAUCCGCGUUUGUGUAAUUCAAGUGCUUUAUACAAACUGGACAAUAAUAAUGAUGACAAAAGGGUGUAGUGUGUAGUUUUUGUUUUUUUGUCUUUAUUGAACAGACUUUCAGCUUUAUUUGAAGAAAGAAAGUGACAGUUCAAUAAUUUUCUAAUAACUCUUGCUCUCAUAGCAAGAUUAAAGUCACUAGAUAUAAAGUCUGGCGGAGUGAAAACCGUGAGAUUUUCCAAUCAGAAAUAAAUCUUGUUAGAAUUUGGCAUCCCUUGAAAAAGUUCAAGCUCUCGCACGAUUAUUAGCUUUACUAUGUUGCUUUCACAAAGAAAAAAACACCUUUUCCACAUUUUAUUCGCAAAAAAUCAAAUAAAAUGCUGCUCAACUAGUAAAUCCGAUUCCGAAUCCGAACAAAUUCGUUUACCUUUUUCUUUGGACUUAAGCUUUUUAUAUUUUUGGAAUAAUUUCGAUACUCUUCACUGCUUCAAGCGCAAGCGUCAUGUUCGAUUGGAUCUUGCAAACGAAAGUUCGAUUGAUGACCUGUCAGUGUCUUCGUCAGACUUUAUAUCUAGUAAUUUUAAGCAAGAUUACUCUCGACAGAUAUCGAAUCAUUUCACAUCAAUGUCUUAUUGGAAUUGCUGGGUGGCACCAGCUAUUUUUAAGACCGAGGGAUUCUCAGUGUGUAAGUUUCAAUAACUCAAAUGAUAAAUGAUCACGCCCACGUCCUUGUAGACAGUUGGAAGAUGGAAGGAAUAUUAGUGAAUGGUUUUUGAUAUUUUAAGACGGAGUUUGCCUCUGCAUCUCCACAAGAAUCACAGGAAGUAAUAUUAAUUAUUAGGUAGGCAUCCUGGGUCUUCUGUAACCCUUCCGUGCAAAGGCUUAGGAUUACCAAUCAGGAGAUGGCGAGUUUGAUUCUCGGUCUGACCUAGUAUGUUUAUGGGUACAAAACAUUGUCGGCUCCAUAGACAUAGUGUAUCCAAUCCAUUGUACUUCCCACACACAUACUCAUGCAUUGGCGGCCAUAGAAAAGCUUUCAAUUACGAAUUGAACAGUGGAAAAGCAGGUCAAGGUCUAGUUGGAAUGCAGAGCCGUAGAAGAAGCAGAAGAUGCAUCGUUGGUACUGUAUUCACUUUGAUAAGUGAUGUGACCGUGUCAGUUUUACUUGUUACAUACCACGCGAACUUAUUGCAUACCGACCAGAAACACGACCAAUCACGCACUCUAAAUGCAUGUGUUGGAAAAUUUUCAGUAUAGGGUAAAAUGCUCAAUAGUGGACCCCAUAGUAGCGGAAUUUUGCUCUUCCUGUCAUAAGGAGUAGAAAUUUUCAACAUAUUAUUUCUGCUAGAUACCUAAUACCAAGUUCUGCAUCUCCUCUUCACGAUACAUACAUAAAACACUCAAAUACACGACGCAAUUCGCAAGUCGACGCAAGUUCGACUGAAUUGAAUAGUAGACCCCCUGUGGGUCCGUAAUAGGAAAUUGCUUACCUAUAGUCGACACUUCAUUGGAUUUUUAUGUUCCGUUUCGGGACGUUCUUCUUCUCUAUUAUGGACCCUCCAAAAUAUUCCUAUAAUGAACACUCUCGUGUUUAUUUUUUAUAGAAUUGUAAAAAAUCAUCUAAUUUUACUUUCCAUAGCAUUUCCAAUGCAAGUAAUCAAAUCACAGGACUGUAAGGUAGGUUCUCCCGAUGGAUUUUCAUAGCAAAAUGUUUACAUUGUGCUGUAAUAAUGGAAAAAUGGCUAGAGGGUUCACUAUUGGUUGGGGGUCCACUAUUGGGCACGUUACUAUUUUUGAUUGUUUCUUCGUGUUUUUGCCGGAAUACGUUUUUCGCACAGGAUUUGAAACAUAUUAAAAUCUUAUUUUAACUAAAACUGUCACAAAUAUGCAUUUUCUCAACCUCGAAUUAGGUUAUAAUAUAAAUAGGGGGAAUGACGGCUUUGGCAGGUUUUGUUCUAUUAUUGGCAGGGGUUUUUUUAUGGCUAACUAGGCUCCAAUUUGGCCUAAACAUUCUUUGCAUAUCAAAGAAUAUUGUGGCCAAAUUUCAUAAAAUUUGGUCGACAAAAACCCCCUGCCAGUAAUAGAACAAAACCUGCCAAAGCCGUCUAUCCCUCUAAUUAUAAUUUCGGUAGAAGGCGACGUAACAUGCUAAGGUCAUAAUGGUGUUUAUUGUUCGAAUCGGUUACGUGAUGGUUAUUGAAAAUCAGAGGUUGGUUUUUGUAUCAUUUUUUUCUAUGACGAUGAUUUUCCUAAAAAAUAUAUUUUAUUUAAGCAGAUAAAAUUACGGUUUUGGCAUGUUUGGCCUAUUAUUGUCAGUUUUUUUGAAGAUCUAUUACGCCCCAAUAUGAUCCGAAGAAUCUUACAAAAUUACAAGAUUUUUGUGGUCGAAUUGCAUAUUAUUUGAAUUAAACAAAACCUCGGUCAAAACAUGACAAAACCGCCAUGCCUUUACUUAAAAUAGAGAUACUUGCUGGUUUACAUCAUGCUUAAUUCAAGCGAUAUACCUAUGCAAUAACAUCACAAAGUACUUUUUGUAUAACAAUAAAAUCAGAAAAUAAUACCAUAUUAAAAGUACACUGAUAAUAUCACCCAAACGUAGUAGUUUUCUAGCUUCACCAUUCAGAAUGGGCGCAAGCUAGACACAUAGUGUACAAAAGCUGUUGCAUUUGGGUUAAAAGAUAUAAUGCUGCCAUGUCGAUUGGUCUUGGAUAUUCUAGAUAUUUUACACUUCAGAUGAAUUCAGUCAUUUGAUUCUCAAUAAAUUAGGAAUGCUUUCAGUUUAUGCUACAAAGCAAAUCAUUCUAUUUAUUUUGUUUAACAUUUUUUCCAAAUUGCAAAUUGCCCGUCCGUUAGUCAUUUUUUUUUGCAGCGGCAUGUAUGUGAUUGAUCUCAAAAUUUGGAGCCGGCGGUAUAGCCUUUGUUUGGGAAAUUCGUAAUAUUUAUGCUGUAACAAUUAAAUAUGAGCUAUUUCCAGAUAUAAUAUGUACAAUUUAUAUUAAUUCUUACCAGUUGAUACAAAAAUGUACUGUAAUGAAAUCCCUGUUUGUAUAAAUAAGAAUUAGGGCUGUUGAUGUAGAUGUUAAAUUUUUAAGAAAUAAUGAUUACGCAUAGGAAAUACUGAUAAAGCAUGAUUGUAGCAGGUAUGAAAACAAAAAUACAUAUGUAUUUAUUUCGGAACUUUUUUGUUUCAAUUUUGUUGACAAUUGUAACGGUUUUCUCGAUAAACAAUAUUAAAGCUAUACUACAUUUUUUUCAAA